AUGUCAUCAUUAACGGAAGUUCUUGCUCAAUUACUCGACAAAAGGAUUUCAUUUAUAAGACUUCUAAUGAGUCAAGGGCUCUGGGACCGCAAUGAUGCCGAAAAUGAUAUGCAAGCAGCUAUUAUCAAUCUGAUGAAGAACGAGAAUAUAAACUUACAGCAAGUACAAGAUCUUGAAGAAAGCUGGCAAAACUUCUUAAACUCUAGUGAAGCCAAUCUGUUUUUCACAACCAAUAAUGCUAUUCUUUUGGAAGGUCUUGCUGAAAUGAAGUAUACAUCUCGUGUGAAACGUGAUUUUUUCGCGACGUAUAAGUGA